UUAUAUUUAUGUUCCUUUUGUUCACUAUCACAUUCUCCUCCCCAUCUCAUCUGAAUAUUAUCACACACACACACACACACACACACACACACACACAAUAUAUAGUACUCCAAAACCCAUUAAAAUUUCUUUCUCCUUCUUGAGAGGCUUCUUCAAGAUCUUAAUUGAUCUGUAUAUUCUCAAAAAUGGGAAGAGUGAUUGGUGUUGGUGUGUGUCUUUUGAUCGUGGCCAUGGACAUAGCAGCAGGGAUUAUGGGCAUCAAAGCUGAAGCUGCUCAAAACCAGGAAAAGCACUUAAGGCUAUGGUUGUUUGAAUGUAAAGAGCCAAGCCACAAAGCCUUCAUGCUAGGGUUAGUUGCAGCCGCUCUUCUUGGUCUGGCACACAUUCUUGCCAAUUUGCUUGGUGGCUGCAACAUUUGUACUCAAGAUGACCUUCAAAAAGCAUCCCCAAACAGGCAACUAUCAGUGGCAUGCCUCAUUUUUACAUGGAUUAUAUUGGCCGGUGGAUUGGGCAUGCUGGUGAUUGGAACCCUUUCAAACAACAAGUCAAGGACAUCAUGUGGUUUCACACACCAUCAUUUUCUGUCAAUUGGAGGGAUAUUGUGCUUUGUCCAUGCCCUGUUUUCUGUUGCUUAUUACGUUUGUGCCACUGCCUCUCAGUGAAGCUGCGCGGCAAAGCAUGAAAGUCGUCGUCAUCUUUAAUUUGCUUUACUCACCGCCCAUCACUUUCAAGCACGAUGACUUUUGUUGCAUACUUUGUAUCCAAUAGUCAAAUGACUGAAUCACCCUAGACAAUGUGUGGCCUCGUGUAGGAGAUAUUGCAAAUAUUUCUUCUUAAAGUUCGGUAAUUAUAUUAGUGCUAAUCAUACACGUUUUUGCAUCA